AUGGGCUAUUAUGGCCCCAGAUGCACUUGGUCCAAUGGUAGAGGACAAUGUUCCAUUGUUUGGAAAAUAUUGGAUAGAGGACUUGCAAAUGAUCAAUGGUUAGCUGCCUUUCCUGCUACUACAAUCUCUCACUUAGCGUCAACGGGGUCAGAUCACAACCCCCUACUCAUGGAAAUCAGAGUUAGGCAAGAAACUGGCAACAAAUAUUUUAGGUUCCUUAACCUCUGGGUUGAUAAUGAUAAUUUCAAACCAUUUGUUAAAGGAAUAUGGGAUAAACAUGUUUCUGGGAGUGCCAUGUGGAUAUUCCAUCAAAAACUAAAGGCUCUUUGUACUGGUUUGAGCCAGUGGUCAAGGCAAGAAUAUGGAGACAUAUUCCAAGAAGCAAAGGAAUAUGAAGAAAAGGUGAAAGCAGCAGAGAUGGUCUGGGCACAGACCAAUGAAGAAGCUGACAGGGCAAAUCUUCAUGAUCUUAAAGCUCAGUACAUAAGAUACAUGAAAUUAGAAGAGAACUUCCUAAAGCAAAAAACUCAACUUCAGUGGUUCAAAGAAGGAGAUGCCAACUCUAAGUACUUCCAUAGUCUCAUCAGAGGUAGAAGAAGAAAAUUGUAUAUCCACAAGAUCAAAGAUGAAGAUGGACAGUGGAUCCAAGGCGAUGAGGCUAUUGGUAAUGCAGCAUGUACAUUCUACCGAGAUCUCUUUACAGAUACAGGGGCUUCAAUAAGGGAAGAUCUCCUCUCCUGCAUUCCCUCCAUGAUCACUCAGGAAGACAAUGACUUACUGAGUGUAUAUCCCACCUUAUCAGAGCUCAAAGAGGUAGUCUUCUCUAUGAAUCCCACCAGUGCAGCAGAGCCAGAUGACUUCAAUGGCAAAUUCUACCAAUCAUGCUGGGACAUCAUCAAGGCUAACCUACUGAAUGUUGUCCUAGCUUUCUUUGGAGGAUGCAGUAUACCCAAGUAUAUGACCAGUACAUGUUCUGUGCUAUUGCCUAAGGUGGAAUUUCCCAAUUCUCUUUCUGAGUUUAGGCCCAUCAGUUUAAGCAACUUCAUCAACAAGAUCAUCUCCAAAGUUAUUUGCUCCAGAUUAGCUCCUAUCCUCCCCAGAAUAAUCUCAGCAAAUCAGUCUGGUUUUGUUAGAGGUAGAAAUAUCUCAGAAAACAUCAUGCUGGCACAAGAGAUAGUUCAUGGUAUCAAGAAGCCAAAUGAAGGCUCCAAUGUUGUCAUCAAGCUAGAUAUGGCCAAGGCUUAUAUGAUAGGGUGUCAUGGAGCUACACCCGCAUUAUGUUAA